GCGACACAUGAUCUGGUGUUCCUAAUUGGAGCUGUUGAACGUGAACGGUCGAAGUGUGGCCCGUGCACGACGCAGCUUCCUCUUGGCUUUCGCUAAGCGAACUAGCUCGCACAAUUGAUGGGUCAUCGAGGAAGGAGCACACAUCACCACACCCGCCAACCCGUCGCCCUCACUAACCGACAGACACAAAUCAGUCAAGAUGGUCAACGUUCCCAAGACCCGCCGUACCUACUGCAAGGGCAAGGAGUGCAAGAAGCACACCCAGCACAAGGUCACCCAGUACAAGGCUGGCAAGGCUUCUCUGUUCGCCCAGGGAAAGCGUCGUUACGACCGCAAGCAGUCCGGUUACGGAGGUCAGACCAAGCCCGUCUUCCACAAGAGGGCUAAGACCACCAAGAAGGUUGUCCUCCGAUUGGAGUGCACAUCCUGCAAGACCAAGGCACAGCUCGCCCUCAAGCGAUGCAAGCACUUCGAGCUUGGUGGUGACAAGAAGACCAAGGGUGCCGCCCUUGUCUUCUAAGCGUGUCUCUUUCUCUCUCUUUUGCUGGGCCUUCGGCGUAGUCUUCAGGCGGACGGGAUGGACGGCUUUCCCAAUCGACUCAUGCUGUGCAUCAAUGCAACGAAAUGAAAGCGGAGUGAUACGGAGCAUCUGGGGAUGAACAGGUUGCUACCCAUGAAUUCAACGGAUUGUAACCAACAUUUGCAUCAAAUCGAGCUCGAUUGAAAGGA